GCCGCACGCACGCGCGGACACACUCUUUCUUACACUCGUUUCGUACGUCCACUCGUUAAUACACCCCCUCCUCGGCAAUCAUGAAGGUCCGAUCAGUCGCUCAUUCAGUUUUGUGCUUCGCCGCUUUGGCGGCUGCUCUACCUCAGGGCAAGCGAGAUGGCUCCGGCGUGGAUGGCCUAUCCGGUGCCAAUGAUGUUUCCCUCGACAACGGGAACGACGGUGCUUCCCUGAGCUCCCAGGCAGACGCUGACCUUGCUUCUGCCAACCCAGCUGCCCAAGCCUCGAAUGAUGCUAUGAACAUGCCAAUGGCCGGGGAUUCGCCAAAGCAAGAUGACCAAGCUUCUGACAACGCCAUGGACUCCCUCCCGGAGGGUGCGUCAAACCCAGCUGCCCAAGCCUCGAAAGAUGCCAUGAACACGCCGCUUGCACCAGCCACAGAUUCCUACGGAGCGCCUCCAUCAAGCCCACCGAGUUACGGCUCACCGCCUUCCUCACCUGUCAAGCCCGCUCCAGUGACAUAUGGGAAUCCAUCACCACCUCCGUCUUACCCCGACUUGCCAGUGCCAACUCCUCCAACCCCAGCUACCUACGGCUCACCACCUUCCUCGCCUGUGUGGCCUUCGCAGCCGAAAACUUAUGGAGAUGAAUCACCACCUCCGUCAUACCCUGUCAACCCUCCAGCAUCCUCCCCUCCACCAGAGCCAGUGUUGUCCUAUGGAUCUCCGCCCUCCACGCCUCCCGAGCCCGUUCAGCCAACGACAUACGGCGCACCGCCUCCGUCAUACCCUGUCAACCCUCCAGCAUCCUCUCCUCCACCAGAGCCAGUGUUGUCCUAUGGAUCACCGCCCUCGCCUCCCCCAGCUGAGCCAGUUCAGCCCGUUCAUCCAACGACAUACGGCCCAUCGCCUCCCCCAGCCGAGCCAGUUCAGCCUACGACAUACGGCCCAUCGCCUCCCCCAGCGGAGCCCGUUCAGCCUACGACAUACGGCCCAUCGCCUCCCCCAGCGGAGCCCGUUCAGCCAACGACAUACGGCCCAUCGCCUCCCCCAGCCCAGCCUGUUCAGCCAACGACAUACGGCCCAUCGACUCCACCAGCGCCAGUUCUGUCCUACGGUGCACCAUCAGCAGGCUCAUACGGAGGUGGAUCUGCGCCAUCGUAUAACACCGCUGGCAGCUCGUGGGGAGGUUCGGGAUCUUCUUGGGGAGGCUCGGGAUCUUCGUGGGGAGGUUCGGGAUCCUCCAGCACAUGGGGAUAUGGAUCCAGCGACCCAUCAUAUGGUACACCACGUACCAACCCAUAUGCCGGAGGUACAAGCAAGGGUCCCGUUCCCGCCAGCGCUCUAGGUGUCCCACUUCCUGCUGGCUUCCCCGGAGGCAAGGUCGGCGCCCCAGGCCACGGUCCCCUUGGCAACCUCCCACUCCCACUUCCAGGCCUCAACAACGCUGGCGGAUCCGCUGGUGGUAAAUCCUCCAGCCCUCUGCCAGGGUUGCCCGGUCUAGGAGGCGCGGCUGGAGGUCUUGGAGGCCUCUUGGGGUAGUAAAACGCGCACGCAGGCAACGCAUGACGAUUCCGACAUCAGGGCAUAUUGUUGGCGUCGAGGAUUCAUUAACAACAACAAACAACCAAUUCAAGAAGAAGCUGUGAUGUAUGAGCACGGCGCUUCUUAUUUCUACUCCACUGAUGAUGCAAAAGAAACAGGUGGCAGCAGGCAUAGAACUUUAUUAACCCGCCUCAGAGAGCUCUCGCUCGGCUUGGACAGAGACAUCAUGGCCGUUCUGCUGAAAGACUGGCUACGAAUCUCUCUCUUUCCCGCGGAUGACCUUUUUGGGGACUUCUAUGUCGGUAAUUUUGAUAAUCUAAUGGGCGCUUACUACAAUGGGGAAUGCAUUUCGUUUGUCCAGACGUGUCG